AUGGCUAUGCUGACACUAUGCAAAUCAAUUGUGAAGUGCCUGGAGCAGAUUGUUAUCGCUGUGCUGUUGUACAACGGUUAUCUCUCGGAAGCUGGAGCGUCACUAGUUGACAAGAAGCUCGGUCUGAACAUCGUACCGACCACCGCGAUCGUGGAAUUGGCAGCUCCGACGUUCUAUUAUGGACGUUUGGAUCGAGCCAAGGCGAGAACGAAGGAACGCAUUCAGUCAAGAUAUCCCGAUCUUGGACGACGAUUCCACAGAAUCGGCCUUCCCCCAAAGAAAGGCAGUUUUCAACUGUUCGUCACCGGUUACCAAGAUGCAUCACAUUGGCUCCGUAUCUGGGAUAGUUAUCCGGAGCAAGCACCACCGCCAGUAACUCAAAGGGAAUUUCAAUUGCUAUUCGAAAAACUGGUAGUACUCGAUUAUGUGAUUAGAAAUACCGAUCGUGGGAACGAUAACUGGCUGAUCAAGUACGAACAAGCCGAUGUGAGCGAAACUCCGAUUGUGCCAAACGAUCCGAAUCCCACAAAUGUAGCAGAAACACAGCCACCUGAUGAAGGCCAGUUGAUCGACUUAGCGGAAGCAAAUAGCCGAGCUUGUGGUCCAGAAGAACUGGUUGAUGAGCAUCAACAACGAUCUACUAGUGAGCCGGGUCCUGCUGAAGUGGAAUGGGCUGAUGUGACCGUACCAAAAGUGGGAAUAGCUGCUAUUGACAAUGGUCUAGCGUUUCCAUUCAAACAUCCGGAUGAAUGGAGAGCAUAUCCAUUCGGUUGGUCACUUCUUCCAAUGGCACAGAAACCGUUCAGCGAUGAGACGAUCGAUGCGAUACUUCCAAAGCUGGACGAUACGAAUUUUGUUCGUGAACUUGGUGAAGAAUUGAAACAAGUAUUUAAGAAAGAUAAAGGAUUUGACAAGAAGAUGUUUGAACGUCAGCUGUCAGUUAUGCGUGGUCAGAUCUUCAAUCUUCGAGAAGCUUUGCGAACAAAAAAAUCACCAUAUCAAUUGAUAUUGAUGCCGGCUCAAUACAUGGUGGAAGUGAAACAAAAAAAACGAAGGCAACGUUUUCGUUCUGAAAAUGACGAAAGGACAGACUAUGAAUCGGAUGCCGCUCAUUCAAACGCACCAUCGUCUUCUGGUCAAGAACCACCAACACCAACUAAUCAACGGUCCUGGCACGAUGCAUAUCAGCAGAAAGUCCAAACAAGAAGUCCAUUCUUUCAUCUGGUCUACAAUGCGGGGGAAAUACGAAUGGAAUCUUGUAGCAGAACAUAUGACUUGAAAAUGAGUCAAACCGAAAGAACGAGUACUGAAAAAUGCUGGAUUUACCUGCUGCUGCUGCUGCUGCUGCUGUACCUUAAACAUCUUCAUUCCCACUUUAAAGAAAGAAAAAAAAACGUUCAGAUGGAUGCGCUGUUGAGUCACAGUUUAAUGGAUUCGAUUCUUCACCGACGGCGGAGAAACAUUGUCAUGGCACUACCAGGGAUUUGUAACGAAAGUUCCUAA